AUGGUCCGCUGGCCUGACGUCUUGGUCCAGGUCUUCGCGUUCUCUUACCGACAGCAGUUCGAGCCCGAGACUGAUGGUUGGAAAGUUUACAAUCCAGAUGAUGAGUUUGCUCGACAGGUCAGUAUGAACGGGUGGCGAGUCUCGCAUGUCAACCACGAGUACACAGCCUGUGAGUCUUACCCGAGGAAAGUCGCGGUCCCCGCGGGGAUCCGCGACUGGGAGAUCAAGAAGGCGCUCGAGUUCCGAGCCAACGGUCGUUUCCCCAUCAUGGUCUGGAAGAGCCCGAGGGGGGAGAGCGUCAUCUGCCGCUCUGCCCAGCCUCUCCCUGGCCUGUUCCGCAUGCGGAACAAGGAGGACGAGCGGCUGGUGGGGCUGAUCCGAGCGGCCAACACGAGUCCCGCCCCCCUGUAUAUCAUCGACGCGCGGCCGCACACGAACGCGCAGGCCAACACAGUGUUCCGAGCCGCGGGGUACGAGCGAGGGUCGUAUGAGAAGUGCGAGAUAGUCUUCCUUGGGAUCGAGAACAUCCAUGCUGUCCGCAAGUCCUACACGCGCCUGCGCGAACUCUGCACUUCCCCUCCUGCGGACGACGACGAGCGAUGGAUGCAGAACGUGCAGGAGACGUACUGGCUGCAGUACAUCUCGAAGCUCCUCCAGGGGUCGCGGAGGAUCGCGGAGUUCGUGAUGCUUGAGCGCGCCUCUGUCCUCAUCCACUGCAGCGAUGGAUGGGACAGGACGCCGCAGAUCUCGUCGCUGGCCCAGAUGAUGAUCGACCCCUUCUACCGCACACUGAGAGGCUUCGAGGUGGUGGUGGAGAAGGAAUGGUGCGCGCUAGGACACAAGUUCAGCCUGCGCUAUGCGCAUGGGGGAUCGUCAGACAAGCAGGCGGCGCCCGUGAUCGCCCAGUGGGCUGACUGCAUCUGGCAAAUGAUGCGGCAGUUCCCGACGGCGUUCGAGGUGAACGAGGAGCUGCUGCUGGAGCUCAUCGAGAUGGUUCACGUGUGCAAGUUCGGGACCUUCUUGUUCAACAGCGAGUGCGAGAGGCGUCGGGCUGGCGUGCACAAGAAGACUGUGUCGUUCUGGUCGCACGUCAACAUGAACCUUGACAGGUACCGCAACCCCCACUACGUCAAGUAUCCGGGUUUGAUCUUCCCGGAGACGAGCGUGCGGAGGCUCUAUGUGUGGGAGAAGCUCUUCUUCCGCGACUGUACCUCGUUGCCUCCCCCGCAGGAUCACUGCCCGAGCAUCGAGCUUGAGUCCAGCGCCUCGCACAUCAGCAGGCAGCUAACGGAGCUCAACGGCAGCGUCGAGAAGCUCUCCAAGGAGAACGCGGAGCUGCGCAUCCAGACAGACCGAGACAAAAUGAGGAUAAGGGAGCUGGAGAGUCGCUUGCGAUCCCUGGCAGGAGAAGCCUUCUCCCCUCAUGGCUCCUCCCACUCCGCCGGACUAGAGAUGGGGCAGAGGUAA